AUGAGACGGAUGUACUUGGAUUUAGUAGCCAUAGGAACAAAUCUGGAUCGCGCUGUGCUCUGUGCGGGUCUAAAUGCUAAAAUUAACGCCCGGGACUGGAAGAAACAACUCGACGCGGAUAGAGAGAAAGAGGAGGAAGAAUUGAGUGCAAGGGCGGCUAAAAACGCUCUACCGUUCGCACGCAACAUGUUGCCACACGAGCUCAUGGAGGCCUUGACGCUGUUAAAGUUCGAGAUCGACUUUUUCACGCCGGGAAACACCGCCAAACAUGUGGCUAGUAUGAAGAAGGUCUUCUUCUCUGUUGUACGCUCUUCAAACGGACGUGUAGCAAAGAUCCCGGACUGGUAUAUCCCUCCGUAUGCGGUGAAUUAUUCACGGGACAAAGUCAUGUAUGGGUCCGUGGGGACAGCCCAUCGAGGUGUCUGGAUCGACAGGAAGCCCAAAGAUGGCAAGAAACCUGCCAAAGAUGAUAAAUCCGCGGAACAACCUCCCAAGACUUAUAGAGUCGUGGUCAAGCGGAUUUUUAUCCAUGCGGAUGCUAUUGAACUUUUCCGACAAGAAGUGGAGGCCUGGUUCGCCAUGGAUCAUCCCAAUUCGUCCUGCUCUUCUUGUAUGCGAAGAUGCAGCCAAUGGGCCUUUGGUAAACUAUUUGGCUCGGGAAUCAAAGAGCAAUACCUUCGACCAGAGUGUGAUGUGGGGAAUGUUCUUACAAGCAGCAACGGGGUUGAAAUUUCUCCAUGA